AUGACACGCAUAUUAGCGAAUUGCGAUCAGAAAAGUGCUAAAAUUGAUCACGUAUCGUCUAAAAUUGAAUACGUGUCCUCAAGUUGUAAGGAGAAAGAAUUUGGCAACCACACUGCGGCAAUUGGCAACUACACUGCUGGUAGCCAAUUCGAGAAGAAUCUCAAUACCCUGCUUUAUCGAACUCUGUAUAUUAAAGGAGGUGGUGCAAUUUCUGAUUACGAGAAAAACGGAGAUCCUCCUAACCAAGUCUACGGUCUUUUCCUCUGCAGAGGUGAUGUUUCAGCAAAGACUUGCCAGGAAUGCAUUGAUGCAGCCACUAAUAGAAUUCUAAGUGAUUGUGCAUAUAAGAAAGAAGCCAUCAUAUGGUAUAAUCAGUGCUUGAUACGAUACUCCUACAAGUCUUUCAAUUCCACUCUGGAAUCGGAACCUUCUCUUGUUUAUUUCAAUUCAAAUAAUAUAACACAAACAAAGAAUUUCUCUGGAAUACUGAGAGACAUGUUUAGCCAUCUUAUUGAUCAAGCAACUAAUAUUCCUGCUAACCGCGACUUUGCUAAAACUCAGGUUCGGUUCGGUUUAUAUGAUUUGUAUGGUAUGGUGCAGUGUACACCAGAUUUGUCUCCAUCACAGUGUCAGGAUUGUCUGUCUUCAGUUUAUAGGAUUUUAUCCUCCUUAGAGGAAACGCGAGGAAUAAGAAUUCUGACACCAAGCUGCAACGCAAGAUAUGAGCUAUACCCUUUCCUCAGCGAUCCUCCUUUAGCAUCACCGGACUCUGGUAACAGUACAGACAAUGGCACACAUGGUAAGUUCAUCAUUUUUCAACAAUUUUAUAUAGAUGUAACUUGAUCUUUUCUCAGUUCAAAGAGAUUUUCUUUAGUUCAACAAUUUUACAUUUUUGGCACUUCACAGGGGGGGACAAAAAGCAAGUUAUUGGGAAUUGUGAUCGCCACAACUCUAUCAGCAACUUUGGUGAUACUAGUUCUUUUUGGAUUUUGUAGAUGUUAUUACAACAGAAGGAAAA